CCCUAUUGAUCCUCGCGGCGAUAUGCCAAUGCCUGGUUAUAAAGGUAUUGAACGAAUAAGAUGCUGGGAAAGCGGAUCUACCAGACGUCCAAAUGCAAACUGGAAACUUGAUCAAGGUUAUAAUUGUCCGUUCUACACUACAAGACCUACCGUAGGUAUCACAGUUUGCUUGUAUUCGGGCACAGCUGUCCUGCAGGGUGAAGCAGUAAAAUAUCUUGUAUUGCCGUUUCCCGAAAGAGAAGAAAGGAAAGAUCACCACCAGCGACAAGGGGGGCUGGGCUUCAUUCAGGUCUUCCCUGCUCUCAAGACCCAUGAGCAGCAUGGGAUAACUGCGGAUGCUUACUAACUUGGACGUCACAGGCGAAAGGGACGGAAGCCGGCCAGAUUGGAGACCGGACCCGCUCACAGUGGAGAGGAGAGCCUACUCCAGUAAGAUCUGCAACGCCAUAUACCUCUCGGCCUGCGGGUCUAGUCGAGUUCUGGACGACGAGUCAGUGGACAAGAGCAUCCAUUUAAGUACACUAGUGCCUGCUAACUUGCGGGGUUCUGACACGUCAUUGGGACUUUGGGGAGCGUGGAUGAUACAACACUGGGCAUUCGCCGGUCGUCACCGACCCGACUACUACUCCAGCCCUCACUGGCUUAUCUAUGGGAGAGCGGACGGGAUCCCGAGUUCUCCAGUGGGUAUGGUCGUAUGUGACGG